AUGUCGGUAGGGGGACACAAUUGGGUGGAGGUAGGGGGCACAGUGGAAGAAGGGGGAAACACCCAGAAAAAGACCGUAAUGCCGAUACUUGAUAACGAGGCGUACCGGAAACAGCUCCGUGCAUGGAUUGGUGAUCCGGCCUUGACCUUUGACCUUCUAUACAGCGCCUCCAGAGACGGCUGCAGUGGUCAGGCUUUCCAUACGAAGUGCAACAACCAAGGUCCGACUGUUUCUAUCGGUCAAAACAGAGCUGGUUACGUCAUAGGGGGGUACACGAGCAUCGCGUGGACAUCACGUGCAGGCUAUUUUGAUGAUAGCUCUGCAUUUCUGUUCCAACUUUCCCCAAACUUGGUAAAGUUCGCUCGGAAUGGGAAUGGGAGAGAUGUUUAUGACGACCGUGGUUAUAGCCCUACGUUUGGAGGGGAUUUAAUCUUUAGGCAACGGGCAUCUACUUGGUACCUUUUUAACUUGUUGGGAAGACAUUCAAGGACACGGGAAGUCAGUGGACACGAUCUUAAGUUCUUUUCCAAUACAUGUACUAAAUCUGGCUAUUACUUCAACACAAAUGGCAGCAGUAACAUAGGUAGCAGUUAUAAUGCCAAUGGUUACAACGAGCAGUCAUUUACUGGAAACAGCAAUGCCUAUCUCGACAUUGAAGUAUACGCUGUAAAAGAGGGAAAUCCAGAAAAUGAAUUGUACCGGUAUGAGCAAGAUAAACCGUGGCGCAAAACUGACAUAAAGGACUGGAGUUUUGAGACUAGAGACACACUUUUAGAUAGGUUGGUGUCGUUCUCCACUCCAAGCCCGGCCAAAGUCCCCUUCGCACGGCUCCUCCUGGUGGGCAGUGUGGGGGCGGGGAAAUCCAGCUUCUUUAACACUGUGCGCUCUGUGUUUAGAGGUGAAGUCCGCAGCCUGGCGGCGACUGGGACAGCAACCCAUAGCCUCACAACCAAGUUUCGUGUGUAUGAGAUCCGAGUAGGCCACCAGACGUCGGCGUUCCGUCUGUGUGACACCAUGGGUCUCGCAGAGGACCAGGGGAUAGAUGUCGGGGACAUGCCCUAUCUGCUGGACGGUAACGUGCCGGACAAUUUCCAGUUUAAUCCGGCUGUGCGUAUCACAACUAAAUCUCCUGGUUUUGUGAAGGACCCUGGUUUGAGUGACGUCAUUCACUGCGUAGCACUUGUCAUAGAUGGCAGCACGUACAAGGUCAUGUCUCCCAAGGUCAAGGACAAAUUGCUUGAUUUAUGUAAACUGGCACGUGACAGAGAUAUCCCGGUCCACGUGGUCUUGACGAAGGUGGACAAGUUGUGUUCGGACGUAGCCCAAGACCCAUCUGUGGUAUUUCACAGUCGUGUCAUUGAAAAUAAAGUGAAAGAAAUCAGUCACGCCUUCGGCAUACAGAGUAAUCACGUCCAACCCUUGAAGAACUACGAGUCCGAGACCUCCAUUGACCCCAGAGUGGACAUCAUGACACUGAACGCCCUCAGGCAGAUGACCGGAAGUGCCGAGGACUACAUUGAGGAUCGACUACGUGGAGACGACAUGGAGGAGGAGCUCUACAGUCAAAUGUCUAAGAUGAACAUCAAAAUUUAA